GACACGUAGCCAUGUCGGCAAUCAGGUAGACUUUAAUGGCAGCGCCUAUGAUUUUGUGUUGAGGUCGGCCAACAUAUACGACAAUGGUGUUUUUAACUGCUAUUAUGCGUUCAUUGAACGAUUACCAUGCCAUGAACUCACUGAAGUCCCCAUCCCGAUAUUUUAAACGUAUGCAAUUUAAAAGAAUCGCAGCUAAAUUCUCUGGAAGAGGGCGAAAUUGUUACGUGAUUGGUGUCAAUAGAAUGCUGCGAGCUAUGAGAUUUUCAACAAAAAACUAUGCAUUGAAAUCAGAGACUCUAGAUAGGCUGUAUGAGACUCGACUGGCAGCAGCCUGUUUGGAACAUGGAAUGAACAAGACAUAUUUCCUGACAUCUUUAGCGGAGAAUGACAUUAAUCUCAACAGGGAAACACUUUCAAACCUGGCAAUUUAUGAACCAAGAACAUUUCAGAGUCUGGUCCAGUUUGUGAAGGAGCGAUCAGAAGAGGUCGGACUUCAAAGCCGCGUAUUAGGCUCAGUUCACGGUACUGAAUCCAGGGGCAUUCUCGAUGAAGUGAAGAAGCACAGAUGGAGCACAAAAUCUCGAACUGAUGAAGUAGAUUGACACUUGUUUGACUGAAUAAAAUUUAUUUCUUGA